UUCUUGCUUUCGGGGUGCAGCCGCCCGACAGGCCUCGACCUCCUCCACCCCAGCGGCCGGAAGAGCCGGGCAGCGCGCGGACUACAAGUCCCGGCAGGCCGCGCGCGCGUCGGCGCAUGCGCGGAUGCCCUCCCCGGCGUUUGAGUGGCAAGUUGUUUGUUACAGCGAAGAGCAGCUGCUGCUGCGCCGGCCGCCGCGCGCCGCUCGACCGCUCGGGCCCCGCCGGUGCCGCCGCUCGCCCGCCCGCCCGCCCUCCCGCCCGCCCGGCUCGCGGCCCCUGGCAGCUUGGCGGGCGUCCUUGGUGCGCGUCCGGGCCCGGCCCUGCCCGGCUGCGCGGUGCCCGGGGUCCCCGGCCGGCCCGGCGCGCGGGGGGGCGGGGGCCGAGCUCGUCCCCGCGGAUGAGCCGCCGCCGCGGGGCGCGGGGCGCGGGCGGACGAUGGAACUCCACAUCCUCGAGCACCGGCUACAAGUUGCCAGCGUCGCCAAGGAGAGCCUGCCGCUGUUCACCUACGGCCUGGUCAAGCUGGCCUUCCUGUCCUCCAAGACCAGGUGCAAGUUCUUCAGUCUGACAGAGACACCCGAGGACUAUACCAUCAUCGUGGAUGAGGAAGGCUUCCUAGAGCUGCCCUCUUCGGAGCACCUGAGCGUGGCCGACGCCACCUGGCUGGCCUUGAAUGUGGUGUCAGGCGGUGGCGGCUUCUCCAGCUCGCAGCCCAUCGGUGUGACCAAGAUCGCCAAGUCAGUCAUCGCGCCCCUGGCCGACCAGAACAUCUCCGUCUUCAUGCUGUCCACCUACCAAACGGACUUCAUCCUGGUGCGCGAGCGCGACCUGCCCUUCGUCACGCACACCCUGUCCUCCGAGUUCACCAUCCUGAGAGUCGUCAACGGGGAGACGGUGGCAGCCGAGAACCUCGGCAUCGCCAACGGCUUCGCAAAGCCCAAGAUGGUUCAGAGGCCGGUCAUCCACCCGCUGUCCAGCCCCAGCAACAGGUUCUGUGUCACCAGCCUGGACCCUGACACACUGCCCGCCGUGGCCACGCUUCUCAUGGACGUCAUGUUCUACUCCAACGGAGUGAAGGACCCCAUGGUGGCCAGUGAGGACUGCGGCCACAUCCGCUUCUUCUCCUUCUCCCUCAUCGAGGGCUACAUCUCCCUGGUGAUGGAUGCACAGACCCAACAGAGGUUCCCCAGUAACUUGCUGUUCACCAGCGCGUCGGGAGAGCUCUGGAAGAUGGUGCGCAUAGGAGGGCAGCCGCUGGGAUUUGAUGAGUGUGGGAUUGUGGCACAGAUCUCAGAGCCACUGGCCGCUGCGGACAUCCCCGCCUACUAUAUCAGCACAUUCAAGUUCGACCAUGCGCUGAUUCCAGAGGAAAACAUCAGCGGGGUGAUCAGUGCCCUGAAGGUCAGUCAUGCAGAAAAGCACUAGAAGGUUCCAAGCUCCCUGCCGCCGCUGGGGCUCACCAGCCCCUCCUUGAAGGUUGUUCUCACAGUGUUUCUCUAGAGACUGGAAGAUGGGCCCAGGGACCCCAGAAGAGGCCUCGGGGACACCCGCGUGGUUGCCAAGGCCCCCAGCCCUCCCUGCCCCCUCCCAGAACCCAACCCCUCCCCCACCCCACCCAGAAGACGGCUUCCAGUUCCAGGGGGCUGGGGAGAAGAUGGCCUUGUCAUCGUCCGUGCAUGGCCCAGGGCAGACACCAAAGGAAGCCAGCAACCCCCACAGAUGCUGGGGUCCUGUUCCUGGUGAUGUCCCAGGGGGACAGUUGGGGAGCUGAGGGUGUGGUGGUCACUGGACUCCGGUUCCAUCAGCUCAGGGCUGGUUCCCACAGAGUGAAGGCCAGGGGGGCCCCUGGAGUGACAAGGGGGGCCUGGGUUGCCCCUGCCUGCCAGUCUCAGGACCUGUACCCCAACAUGACUGCCAGGGCGGGGGAGGGGAGCUGUCCACACCCUCUCCACAAGGGCAGAGUCCCGGGAGACGGGCACCUGGGAGAAUCACCAGCCUGGAGCACCAGCUCCUGCCCAUUGCUUUCCCGCCACCCGACUUGGGCGGGUGGAGCCUCAGUUUCCCCCCCAGUGGGGGCUUCCCCCACUUCCCAGGCCUGUGGAAUCAGAUCAUCCCCACCUCCCCAGCCGUUGACUAGACCAGCCUAGGGCUCCCCUGUCAUCCCCCCUCCCCCUUGCUUCACUUUUGGGGAACAAGUCAUCUGCCCAACUUCCGCCCUGCACCCUGGUGUGCUGAUGGCCUCCAGUACUUGGCCAGGAGCAGCAUACUAAGCCUUGCCAGAUGCCUGCACACGGCUUUGGUUUCAUCCGGUGUGUCUGUGCCCAGCUACUGUGGGCAGUGGCCGCCGUUUUGAGAGCUGGGACCUGUUGGAGUUCUGGCAGGAGGCGCUGGGCCUGGGAACAGGUCUCGCAAGUCCUCUGGGAGACCCCAGGACACAGUGGGCCCCACAGGCCCUCCCCACCAGCGAGGACUUGUCAUGGGUCAGCAGGGGUGAGGGGACCCAGGAGUGGAGCCCUCCAUUCCCAGGUCUUCCUGCCCUUCCUUGGGCAGUGGCUGCACCCCAGGAGGUGACAGAUGGGGACUUCUCCUUGUGUGGGGCUCAUGGAGUCCCCCGUGGAGGGACUAGUGUAGAUUAGAGCCCCAUUCUCCUGUUCACUCUUGAAGUCGAUUUAUUUUGCACAAAACUCUUGACCAACCAAAUCUUGAAAAUUGUUCGCUGGCUCCGAAGGGAGGCGGGCGGGGUGAGUCCACUUUCUGCCCCGAGGGCCUCGACGUUCUGGGGGCACACCUCUACGUACCCCUUUCUGUCUGCUUUUCUGGUCGGUCGUUCCUUCUUGCCCUGCAAGUGUAUUGCCCUGAACCCCAGAAUUGCGUGAAAGCCCCUCCCUGGUACCCCCAGAAUUGCGUGAAAGCCCCUCCCCUUCCCCAACAUCCUAGGAUUGUCUGUUGUACACAACUAUAAAUACCUGUGUUUUAUGUUGAUAGAGAUAUAUACUGUAAAUAGCAUAUAUACUUGAGCAAUAUAUAUGUUAAUAUAUUCUGCGUGCGUGAGCGUGGACACGUGUGGCCCAGCACGUCGGCCAUGUGCACACAGACACGUUUGAGCCACGAGUUUUUUGAAUUCAAGUAUAUAGGCAAUACCUGCACGAGGGCAGGCCAAGGCGGCUCGGGCCUCACUGGGGGAACAGAACCCUUGGCCCCCAGCCCCGGGCAGGGGUGGGCUUGCGCUCUUUGGCACACCUAUUUGAUUUGGGGAGAUGCUGGGCCAGGGAUAUAGAAGUUGCCUUUUAACAGGCUGGCCCCCUCCCCAGGGUCACCCACCCUUCCUUCCCCACUGGGGUCCCCUCUCCUUGGAUGGCUGCGAUGCUGGUGACACCUGGCUUGUAUCCAAGCUCAGACAUGUCCGCCUUUCUCCAGCCUUGUGUGUGCCCCUGCUGGGUAGCCCCUGCUCUGGGGGCUCCGUCCCCCCCGCUUGUUGACUAUGGGAGGCACCUGUUUCUGUGGCAUCCACAAGGCUCUCUGGGCCCUGGCCGGGGGCCUCCUGAUGACUGGAGAGUUGGGCAUGUGACCGCUGAGGUCUCACCCUGGCAGGUGACAGCCCCCAGCAGCCUCGUCUGCAGCCCCAGCCUGGUUCCCGCCCAGCUUCACAGCGGGCAUUGCCAGCUGACACCCUCAAAGAUGCAUGCAGCCCCGAGCCGUGGCCUCCCCUCCCUGAGGUCUUGGGGCAGUGCCGCCAAGCCAGCAGCAUCUGCCCUUCCCAAAGCCCUGUGGGCAGGGACGCCCCAGGGCCCCAUGGACAGGUCUGGUGUCCAGGUGACACUUGGUCUGACGAGGCCCAGGAAGGACAUGGAGUCAGGAGGGAAGACUUAAGUGGGUGGGAGGGGGCAGCCCUGCCCCCCACCAGCCCUAUGUUACCAUUUGAUUAAAGCUCCUCAAAGGUGGAAUCCCGGCCUCGUGCCCCAGUCCCCCCAUGGGCCUGCAGGUCAGAUGUGGGACAGCACAGGUCCCUCCCGGGGCAAAGGCCCCUCUUUGGAGGAGCUGCCAGGAGACGACCCCCCCCCCCACCCCCACCGCUGUGGCCAGGACAAGCCAGCAGAGCCUGGGUGAGGACCACAGGUCUCCAGCAGGACAAAGCAGAUCCUUGGUUUUCCUGCUGCUCUUGGGUGCAGCACGGGGGUGGGGGGGAGCUGAUAGCCCGGGGUGCCCUGACGGCCUGGGAGAUAGGUCCACGGUUGUCUUAGGGGGAGUGGAAUCCUGAUGGAACUGGACUCCCAUUUUCUCCAUCUUCAAGCUCACCCCAGCUCUUGGAGCCAGGCAUGCUCACCUGUCCCUGCUCCUUCCCAUGGACAGGUGAGGGAGCGGCAGCCCAGGUGGCCAUGGGCCAUGGGGAUGGCUGGCCUGGUGGGGUUGCAGACACCAGGCUCUGCCCUGUGGGCCAGGGUGCUGUUCCAUGUGGGAUUGUUUAUGCAUGUGUGUGUGCGUGUGUGUGAGUGUGGACGUGUUCUAGGCAUGAGCUUGUGUGUGUGUGCACAGCCCAGCCAGGGACUGGUUCCUUCAGUAUUCAGCCCUGGCUCCCAGGAGGAGGGGCCGCCCUGGUAAAAUGGCCUCGCCUCAUGGGGUGCAGGCAGGCAGAGAUGUCCAGCAGCCAGCCAGGCCUGCCCAGAGUGGGGGCUCUUCAAGUGACCCCAAUCCUGAAGAUAGUAUUCAGAGUGAAAGACCGGGAGCCCCUUGCCCAUAGGGGCUCAUCUGAGAAUAGGGGUAAAAGGCAGGACACAUUCAGGGCCCCACAGACCAAGCCCAGUGCAUUUCUUUUCCACUGCCUCAGUUUCCCUAUUCUGACUGCUCUAGGAAGAGGUAGGUGGGGUUGCCUUGGAAACCAUCAGGGACUGACAAGGAUAGAGUUCCUGGUUCCUCCUCUUGUUCUAUGCCAAAAUCAUUUCCGUUAUCCUGAGAUGGAUGGAUGGAUGGAUGGGGUUCCGGGGCCCCCUCCUGAGGGGGCGGCAGGGCAGGCAUUCCCGCCCUCAGCCCUGGGCCUUCGUGGCACACUGUCACCAGCACCGAGGCACCUCCUUGGGCCUGGGCAAAAGGGGAGAUGGGGCAGCCCCACCCCAGGGCCUCAUGCUUUCUUUCCUUUGUCAAAGAAACACAAAACCCUUGAAAUUCAUGUACUGUAUGAUGGAGAGAAAAAGAAGUCCUUAAUGUUCCCUUAAAAAGACAGUAUAUUUUGUACUUUGUAAAAGUGUUCAUUAAAAUGAAGGGGAAAAACUGA